UGGGGUCCUCCGGGCGGGCGUGGCGGGGAGCGCGGUGUCGCGGGUCGGGGCUCGGUCCUGCUGGAGGCUGCUGGUGUCACACACUCGGUCCCGAGAUGACGGCGAGCGUGCGAGUGGCGAAGGAGCUGGAGGAUCUUCAGAGCAAGCUUCCCCCGUACCUGCGGAACCUGUCCAGCGAUGAUGCCAAUGUUCUGGUGUGGCAUGCUCUCCUCCUACCUGACCAACCUCCCUACCACCUCAAGGCCUUCAAUGUGCGCAUCAGCUUCCCCCAGGAGUAUCCGUUCAAGCCUCCCGCGAUCAAAUUCACAACCAAGAUCUACCACCCCAAUGUGGAUGAGGACGGACAGGUCUGCCUGCCCAUCAUCAGCAACGAGAACUGGAAGCCUUGCACCAAGACUUGUCAAGUGCUGGAGGCCCUCAAUGUGCUGGUGAAUAGACCGAAUGUGGCAGAGCCCCUGCGGGUGGACGUCGCUGACCUGCUGACGCAGAAUCCAGAGCUGUUCAGGAAGAAUGCUGAAGAGUUCACCCUCCGAUUCGGAAUGGACCGGCCCUCCUAACUCAUGUUCUGACCCUCUGCGUUGUGGAUGGACGCACCUCACAGACUGGGGCCGGAGCCCCUUGAUGAUCCAUUCCCCCACUCAUUUUUCUCUUCUUAGGUUGUUAGUCAUUAGUUCGUGUGUGUGUGCGGUGGACGGAGGGGAGCUGUGAGUGUGUGUGUUGUGUGUGGACUCACUCUCGGGUUCGCCUGGCCACAUCCUUUGCAUCCCCCAGAGCCAAGGGAGUUGAAGUUUGCAGAGUUACAGGCCAGUUCUCCACCUUAGAAAGACCGGUAACCCGGCAGGCCAGCUUGCAGGAAAUGAGCCCAGCCGCCCACUCAGAUCCCCCUAGGGCUCAAGCACUCAGGGCCUGGGGACAGUGGCGUAUAUGGGUGGGAGGCACAUAGAAGGUACCCUGUUUACAACUGAGUCAGCCAAGCCACUGAUGGGAGUGUACAGAUGUAGGCGCUAAGCCUUUUAUUUUCCACGGGUGAGUCACAGUAGGAAGAAUCAAACCUCCAUCCUGAAAAUCUGACCGUAUGUUUCGAAACCACUGGCUGUUGUGUUCGGUUGCCAGUUCCUGGGACCAGGCCUCAGACUGUGAAGUGUGUGUCCUCCAGCAUCCAGUCCAGGGGGAGCCACAGAAACCAUGUUCUUGCUUAAGUCAUUAAAGUCAGAGAUGAAUUCUGGA